UGGUUUCCAAUACACCUGGUGAAGACGGCAGAGCUGGACCCUAGGCAGAACUAUCUGAUGGGAUUUCACCCCCAUGGAGUUCUGGCAGCAGGAGCCUUUCUCAAUUUCUGCACAGAGGCAUCAGGCUUUUCCACGCUCUACCCACACCUGAUGAUGCUCUCCCUGUGGUUUCGCAUCCCAUUCUUCAGGGACUACCUGAUGAGUGGAGGACUUGUCUCCUCCUCCAAGGAGAGUGCAUCCUACGUGCUGCAGAGGCCGGAGGGUGGGAAUGUGCUGGCCAUCAUCGUCGGCGGGGCCCAGGAGGCGCUGGAUGCCCGGCCGGAAUCCUGCACCUUGCUGCUGAAGAACAGAAAGGGAUUUGUCCGCCUGGCCAUUGAGCACGGCACCCCGCUGGUCCCCAUAUUUUCCUUCGGGGAGAAUGACCUCUUCAAGCAGGUGAGAAACCCUAAGGGGUCUUGGCUGCGACAGCUUCAGCACCGGCUCCAGCAGAUCAUGGGCAUCUCCCUACAGGCGCGAGGCAUCUUCCAGUACAGCUUUGGGCUGUUACCUUACCGGCGGCCCAUCUGUACCGUGGUUGGGAAGCCAAUUCCAGUGCAGAGGAAGCACAGACCUUCUGAGGAAGAGGUUAAUCAAAUCCAUCAGAAAUACCUAAAUGAAUUGUGCAAGCUCUUUGAGGAGCACAAAGCUAAAUAUAACAUCCCAGAAGACAGACACCUGGAAUUUAUAUAG